AUGAGCAUCAAAGCCUUGCCCGUCAUCGCGUUGGCCGCGUUCGGCAUGUUUGUCCACGACCGCAGCCGCAUCUUCUCCUUCUUCUUGAACAACUCGCCGGAGAAGAUGCCCACCAUCAACACGUUCCGGAGCCACAGCGUCAAGUUUGCGGACCGGAUCCGCAGCUGCGAGGACUUUUUGCUGAUCGAGGACCGGGGCGUGGCCAUUGCGGCGUGCGAUCCCGGACGGGAGCGGUGGAACACGGUCAUGGGCGUCAACGUGCCGGGCCCCGUGUCCAGCGCCGAGCUCUACAUCUACGACUACAAGGACGCCUCGCUGCCCGACGCCGCGGCGCUCAAGCGCGUCUCGCUCGUCGACUUCCCCGGCAAGGACGACUUCCACACGCUGGGCUUCGCGUUUGACGAGGCGACGUCGACGCUGUACAUGUCGAGCCACGCCAAGGCGGGCCCGCGCAUCGAGGUAUUCACGCUCGACAUCGACGCCCUCACGGCGACGCACCGCGCGACGGUCCAGCACCCGCUGCUCAACGGGCCCAACGCCCUCGCGCUGCUCGGCCCCGACGAGCUGCUCGUGACCAACGACCACCGCUUCCCCGCGCGCGACUACAAGCUCCUCUCCAAGGCGGAGACGUUCCUCGGCCCGCCCACCGGCACCGUCGUGCACCUCAAGCUCACGCCCAACGGCCAGCACGCCGUCCACGACGCGCGGGUCCUCGCGCGCGUACCCUUCGCCAACGGCGUGGAGCUGCUCAACCACAGCACCGUCGCCGUCGCAUCCACCAGCCGCGGGGCCGUCUACCUCUUCGACCUCGCCGAAGACGAGAAGAAGACGAAAAAGCACGGCGAGCAGCGCCUGCGCAUGAAGUACAGGACGCAGAUCCGCACGCCCUUCCUGCCAGACAACCUGUCGCGCGCGGCGGACGGGCGGCUGCUCAUCGCGGGACACCCACACCCGCCGAGCCUGCAGCGCUUCACGCAGACGCGGCACGUGUGCAACGGCGGCGCGGCGGAGCUGAAGCGCGCAGACGAGGAGACGAGGCGGUACUGCGAGACGGGCACGGCGCCGUCGUGGGUCGCCGAGUGGAGCGACGAGGAGGGCCUGCGGAGCUUGUACGCGGGCGUGGAGUAUCCGACGAGCGCGACGGCGGCGCGGGAUGUGAAGCGGGGGGUGGGCAUCGUGGGCGGGCUGUAUGCCAAGGGGCUGCUGGUGUGGAGGGACUGA